GUUAUUUCUAAGCAACUUCAGACUGAUAUCUACCGUUAUUGUAUAUAUGGAGUAUCUAUAGCAUGAUUUGAUCGGAAAUGUGUUACUUUUUUUCGUGAUCGAAGAAAAGAAAAAUUAGCAUACAGAUAUCUGUAUGAUAGAAAGGACGAUUUUUAACGUAAUUAAAUUUAUUAAAUCGCGACAUUAGGAAAGGAAAAAAAUACUUAUUAUAUAUAUAAAAAUUUGGUUCGUUUCAAAAUCAGUACAAGAUGCAAGAAUCUCAGCCGAAAAAAGGGAAAAAAGCAAGAAGAAAGCGUAAUGAUAGUGAUGAAGACAUCGAAAAAGUUCUUGCUGAGUUAGAACUAGAAUAUUCCGGCCAAAAAGCACAAGUUAAAGAGGUAAAGGAAUCUUCUAAAAACACUUUAGAAAAUAAAGAAAGUGCCAAAGAAACUGCAGUAAGUUCAGAAACUAAAGACGAGCCAGAACAGAAAAUAGAAGAGGAGAAGAAGAAAAAAACGAAGAAAGAUAAAAAGAAGGAUAAAGGCGAAAACAAGGAAUUCAAGGAAGAUAUUACAAAUGAUAUUAAUAAUGAACAAGCAACUGAUGACACAAGUGUUACCGCUGAAGAUGAAAUGGAAGGUGGUACUGUCAAAACGGCAGCACAAAAAAAGAAAGAAAAGAAGGAACGAGAGAAACAGAAGAAGUUGGCUUUAAAAAAAGCAGAGGCUGCUAAGAAAGCUGAAAAUGGUGAAGCAACAAAAAAACCUGCUAAAGAAAAACAGGACGAGAAACAAGAAAUAGAAGAAAAAGCAGCCAGCAUCGCAGAACCAGAGGAAGAUGUAGGGGAACUCGAAGAAGGAAAGAAGAAGAAAAAGAAGGGUGCGGCUAAAGAGGAAGCAAAAGAAAAAGGUAAGGGACCUGGUAAAAAGACCAUCGCUGCGAUGCAAGAAGCCUUGAGAAAAUUAAAGGAAGAAGAAGAAAGAUUAAUACGAGAAGAAGAGGAAAGAAUAAGACAAGAAGAAUUACGCGAAAAAGCAAGAUUAGAACAAAUUCAAUUGGAACAAGAACGAAAGGAAAGGAAAAAAUUAAAAGAAAAGCAGAGGAAAGAAAGAUUGAAAGCGGAAGGAAAACUUUUAACUAAUAAACAAAAGCAGGAUAGAGCAAGAGCGCAAGCUAUGAUUAACGCUCUCAAAGCUCAGGGUUUAGAUCUACCGGAUGUUGGAGAUAAAAAGCCUAGGGCAGGAACGAGAAUAAGGCCAAAUAAAAUGAAACAACAAACCAGUGUUGAGGAAAAAGAUGACAAAAAAUCUGAAGAUACUGAAACGGAUACGGAUCGCGUUCAAGUUGAAUUAAUUUAUCAAACACCGAAAGAUGUACCUGAGAAAAAGGAAGAGGAGGUCAAAGAUUCUUGGGAUGCUGAAAGUAGUGGGGAUGAACAGGAAGAGGAAGAUAAAUCAGACGAAGCAUCGAAAACGUCUGAAGAAACGAAAGAAACCAUUUUAUCCAAUGCAGACAAAUCAAAUUUGGUAGGAGACUUAGAAAAGAAAGAAUCGUCGGAAAGUGAAUCUGAAAGUGAAAGCGAAAGUGAAUCAGAAUCAGAGGAUGAAAGUGAGGAAGAUAGUGGAUUAGAAGAUAGAGUACCGGAUGCUGCACGAAAAAAGGAACGUGCGCAGGAACGCAUCCUAAAUCGCCGACUCGAAGCUGAAAAGAAGAAAUCGUUGGAUAACCUGAGAGCAGCUGUAGUUUGUGUUUUGGGCCAUGUAGAUACUGGUAAAACAAAGAUCCUUGAUAAAUUGAGGAGAACUAACGUACAGGAUGGGGAAGCUGGUGGUAUAACUCAACAAAUUGGUGCAACCAAUGUACCAAUUGAAGCGAUACAAGAAUCAACGAAACAUGUUAAGGGUUUUGCUGAUAAAGUAUUUAAGAUACCCGGACUUUUGAUAAUAGACACACCUGGGCACGAAUCUUUCAGUAAUCUUAGAAGUCGAGGAUCCUCUCUUUGCGAUAUCGCAAUUUUAGUUGUUGAUAUAAUGCAUGGUUUGGAACCACAAACCAUCGAAAGUAUUAAUCUAUUAAAAGUUAAGAAAUGUCCAUUUGUUGUAGCUCUUAAUAAGAUUGACAGGUUGUACGAUUGGCAAACAAUGAAUCGAAAAGAUGUCCAAGAUAUUAUAAAAAGUCAAGCUAUCAAUACGCAACGAGAAUUUGAGAAACGUUCGAAAGAGGUAAUCGUCCAAUUUGCCGAGCAAAGUCUAAAUGCAGCCUUGUUUUAUGAAAAUCCUGAUCCACGCAGUUAUGUAUCCUUAGUUCCUACGAGUGCCAUAACAGGCGAGGGUAUGGGAAAUUUGUUAGCAUUAAUAGUCGAUGCUUCCCAGGGUCCGUUAGCUAAGAGACUUAUGUAUAGCGAAGAGCUUCAAGCUACUGUACUAGAAGUUAAAGCAUUACCUGGCUUAGGAACUACAAUAGAUUGUAUUCUAGUCAAUGGCAUGUUGAAGGAAGGUGAUACGAUGAUAGUCGCGGGAACUGAUGGACCCAUCGUAACACAAAUAAGAUCACUUCUUAUGCCCCAACCAUUAAAAGAGUUAAGAGUAAAGAAUGCAUACAUCGAGCAUCGAGAAGUCAAGGCUGCUCAAGGUGUUAAAAUAGCAGCAAAAGAUUUAGAAAAAGCUAUUGCCGGAUUGAAUCUUCAAAUCGCUCAAAAGCCAGAUGAAGUUGAUAUCCUGAAAGAAGAAAUAGCCAAGGAACUUAGCAGUGCUCUUGGAAAUAUACGACUUGCUGAACGAGGUGUAUAUGUCCAAGCAUCAACUUUGGGUGCCCUGGAAGCAUUGUUAGAUUUCCUUCGAAGCAGUAAAAUUCCGUAUUCCGGUAUUCGUAUUGGACCAGUUGUGAAGAAGGAUGUGAUGAAGGCCUCGAUUAUGCUCGAACACGACAGCCAAUACGCCACAAUUCUCGCAUUUGAUGUAAAGAUAGAAAGGGACGCUCAAGAACUUGCCGACUCGUUGGGGGUUAAGAUCUUCCAAGCUGACAUCAUCUACCACCUGUUCGACAAGUUCACCUCCUACAGGGAGGAAUUGAAACAACGGAAGCGAGAUGAGCACAAACACAUAGCUGUUUUCCCUUGCAAAUUACGUGUCUUACCACAGUACAUCUUCAAUUCAAGAGAUCCUAUAGUGAUGGGUGUUAUGGUUGAAGCUGGUAUCGUCAAGGAAGGAACACCGCUCUGUGUGCCAAGUAAAGAUUUCGUCGAAUUAGGUAUUGUUUCUAGUAUAGAAUACAAUUACAAAUCAGUGGAAUCGGCUCGGAAGGGACAGGAAGUGUGUGUCAAGAUCGAACCGAUACCAGGCGAAGCACCGAAAAUGUUCGGUCGUCAUUUCGAUGAAAAGGAUUUCAUCAUUAGCAAGAUAAGCAGACAAAGUAUAGAUGCCUGUAAGGAUUACUUUAGGGACGAUUUGUUGAAAACCGAUUGGCAAUUAAUGGUCGAAUUAAAGAAAUUAUUUCAAAUACUUUAGGAAGACUCUUUCGAAUUUGCGCCGAUCCUCGCGCGCUAAACAUACAAUCAACCGGCUGGCCGAUUCUUAAGGGACGACGAGACAAUAUUCAAAACACAUAUUUUUGCUCGACACAAAACUAGCACGCGAGAAUAAUAUUAUCAUUAUCAUCGUCCUUGAGAAUACAUUACGAAGAAAAGAAACAAGAAUAAUAUUUAAUAACAAUAUUAAUAUAAUAAUUGUGUCAUCGACGACGCCCAAUGUCAAGACGACAAUCAUCCUCGAGUUCGUAUUUUGAAAAUCGUCCGAUACAGAAAUUUAAAAACUGAACGAGAAAAGAGAAUAAAACAAAUGAAGAAAAAUACAAGAAAUUAAAAAACCAACAAAGAGAGAAAGAGAGAGGAGAUGAUAUCUUGUUUAAUCUUUUUCUGUUAUAAUUCGUGUCGUAUGUAAAAUUGAAUACUUCGGUCCCAAUGAUCGUCAUCUUCAUCAUAAUCACAAUGAUCAACGCGUCUUCGAAAAUCAACGAAACUUUUCAUUCGUACGUACAUAUUAUACCUAUCUUUCUCUCUCUCUUUCUUUCAGCCGACAAAAAAUUAAUGAAUCCGUAAAAUAUGAAGGUGAAGAAUCGAACGUGUAUUAAGCAUGAAAAGGAAGGUAAAAAAAACCGAUCAUAGUUGAAGAAAUCGCGUAUGCGUUUUUUUUUUUUUUUUUUUUCUCUACAAACAUUCUCUAUAAAACGCAAGCUUUCUUCGUGUCCUCCUCCUCUGACUGAGCAACAAGUUUCGUUCGGUAUUGCUGUUGCUGUUUGCUGUUACUGCUGGCUCGAUUCCCCGUUACGAUUCGAAUACACAGUUCUCGAGUCGAGUUUCUUGCGAUCGGUGAAUAUAUAGCUGCGUGUAGUUGUCUACUCUAUUCGCUGAGAGAGAAAGAAAGAGAGAAAGAGAGAGAGAGAGAGAGAGAGAGAAAAAGAGGAAAGAUUUUACUGGAAGAGGAGAAGACUUCUAUCGUCUUCUCGUCAACUUGUAUUUCUUUUUUCUUUCUCUCUCUCUCUCUCUAUCUAUCUAUCUAUCUCUUUAUUUAUCUUCGUCUACUUUUUCAAUAUGAAGGUGCCAACAUGGUCGACGUUAUUCAUCCUCCUCCUCCUCCCCCCCGUCUCGCAUAUUUUCUUCCCCGUCGUAUUCUUCGCUAUUAAAGUUAGUUAUAAUCCUUAAAGAGACGGAUAGACGCGAUUUAGAUAGAACGAAUAAUAAAAACUUCAUCAAGAGUGAGUGAGAGAGAGAGAGAGAGAGAAAGAGAGAGAGAGUGAAUACGCAAGUAAGUAAGAAUGUAAAUAUAUAUGUGUGUGUAUGUGUCGUACGGUCGUCGACCAUAGUCUCCAACGAAACAUAUGGUACACACGACAUACAUCUCUCUCACUCUUUGAGAAACCGUAUGUGAAGGAAAUAAAAAAAAAAAAAAUAAAAUAAUUAGAAAAAAAUAAGAAAAAAGGAAAAGAAUAUGUAAGGAAAGGAAUAUGUAGGAGAAUAAAAAAACGUAACGUUGGUUAAAACUCAUUACAUCGACAGUCAAAUGAAAAGGAUAUAACAAAUAUAACGAACGACGAUGUGGCGAUGAAGAAAACCCGUGAAGAAGACCCGCGCGUUCGUGCCUUUUCUUCGUAGAGAAAAAUAAAGAUUAAGAGAGAAAUACAAGGAAAGAAAGAAAGAAAGAGAGAGAAAGAAGUAAAGCUUGAGGAGUCGUCGUUGCGCGUCGGACUCGCCUAUAAAACUUGCCUUGAUACUCACGAUCAUUCUUGGAAGAGAGGAGCGUGUCUGGUAUAAAUUCUCUUCGACGUAUUUCCGGUUUUGUCGCCUAAGAACGCACGUAUGAGUCCAAAGGAUAAAGCGAGAAAGCGAGGAACCAAGCAAGUAAAAAAGAAAGAGAGAGAGAGAGAACAAAUCGGAUAGAAAAAGUAAGAAGAAGGGGGAUAGAAAAAUAGAUAGCUCGAAAGACAGGGUGUGCUUGUGCAUGCAUGUACGUUUGUAUGUGUUGUUUUGCGUGUGUUAUUUGCGCGCGAGAGAAAGAGAGACAUAAGAAAUCAAAGAAUCGAUAUGACUGUAGAAAAAAAAAAAAAGAAGAAAGAAAUGCAAACUUUAUGUCGAAUAAUAAAUGCAAGAGAAAUGAUACAAAAUAAUAUGAAUCUUAUAAAAUGAAAUCACUGUUUAAAUAUGCAUAAUAAUAAUAAUUUAAAAGAAAUCAUAUAAAAGGAAGAUCUUGGAAGCGGAUGAUUAAGACAUGGAGAGAAGGAACGGGGUUGGGUGGGUAAGAAGAAGAAGUAAAUUGAUGAAACAAAAAAAAAAGGAAUUAACGUGUUUUAUAUAUGUACUCCCUUUGUAUAAAUCAACCAAGUAAAUUAAUGCGAGGAUAAUAAUAAAGAGUACGUGUUUCGCAAUAAAAUGAUGCAUCUAUAUA